AUGGUGGGGGGCGAUUCCUUUAAGCCUUCACGAGCCGGGCGGGCAGGCCCAGGCUGUUUUGUGGGACCUGAGCCAACCGUCGUGGAUGAAGUCCGUACUGGCACGUACAGGCAGCUUUUCCACCCUGAGCAGCUGAUAACGGGAAAGGAGGAUGCAGCCAACAACUACGCCCGAGGCCACUAUACCAUUGGCAAGGAGAUUGUUGACCUGGUCCUCGAUCGGAUCCGCAAACUGGCUGAUCUGGACGGGCUCCAGGGCUUCCCUCAUCUUCCCAGCCGAGGAGGCACAGGCCCGGGGCCUCGUCUGGAAAGGCUCGGGUUAUUUGGGAAGUCCAAGCGGUUUGCCAUUUACCCCGGGCCCAGGUUCCAAGCAGGGGUGGAGCCGACAACUCCAUCUCACCACCCCACGACCCUGAACACCCGAUUGGCCUUAGGUCGACAACGGCCAUAUAAAUGCGGCGCCGACAUCGGCGCCCCCACCAACCUGAACCGUCUGAUUGGGCAAUGCCCCUCGAUCCGGCUCCUUGGCCCGCGGGCGGGAACCGACCUGACGGAAUUCCAGACCAACCUGGUGCCCUACCCGCGUAUCCACUUCCCCCUGGCUACCUACGCUCCGGUCAUCUCGGCCGAGAAGGCGUAUCACGAGCAGCUGUCCGUGGCGGAGAUCACCAAUGCCUGCUUCGAGCCCGCCAACCAGAUGGUCAAGUGUGAUCCCCGCCACGGCAAGUACAUGGCCUGCUGUAUGCUGUACCGAGGGGACGUGGUCCCCAAAGAUGUCAACGCCGCUAUCGCCACCAUCAAGACGAAGCGCACGAUUCAGUUUGUGGAUUGGUGCCCCACGGGAUUCAAGGUGGGCAUCAACUACCAGCCCCCCACCGUGGUGCCCGGUGGCGACCUGGCCAAGGUGCAGCGGGCCGUGUGCAUGCUGAGCAACACCACGGCCAUCGCGGAGGCCUGGGCGCGGCUGGACCACAAGUUCGACCUGAUGUACGCCAAGCGGGCCUUCGUCCACUGGUACGUGGGGGAGGGCAUGGAGGAAGGCGAGUUCUCGGAGGCCCGGGAGGAUCUGGCCGCUCUGGAGAAAGAUUACGAAGAGGUGGGCGUCGACUCGGUGGAGGCCGAGGCUGAGGAAGGGGAAGAGUACUAGUUGAAGAGGAAUGCUGGGGAGCCUUGCCUCCCACCCCCCACAAGUAUAACUGGUUACAUAUUUGUUUACGAAUAAAUGUUUCCCUUUUGAAGCAG